AUGAUUCUCAAUAGGCUCGAAACCCAGAAACCGCUCAACAACGUCUCCCCCAGCUUCAACAAAUCUGAAAAUAAAAAAACUGCCCCCCUAAAGGUGAACCCUGACCUGCUUAAGUCAUGUAACACCACCUUUCAGGUGACUGAAGGCAACAAAUGGAUCGGGGUUCCUGGGGAAAUUCAAGGUUAUGCAGAGGCACACAGACGUUAUGGGAAGUUACCGUGGGCCACCCUCUUUGAGCCGACCAUCCGACUACUGGCCAGAGAAGGGUUCCCUAUUCCUUAUGUCCAAGGUCUACAGAUCCCACGCAUUGCUAAUACGUCACUACGGAAGUUAUAUUCAGAUGAGAACGGGAACCUGCUUAAAAUCGGUGAUAUUUUGAAAUUUGAGAAACUGGCUGAUACUUUGGAGAUGAUUGCAAAGCAGGGGCCAGAUGUGUUUUACAACGGAAGCAUAGCAGAGGAUUUAAUCCAUGACAUACAGCAAGCAGGAGGAACACUCACACUGCAGGACUUGGCAUCAUAUAAAGUUACAGUGACUGAUGCGUGGACUGUUCCUUUGGGAGAGUACCAGAUGUACUUCCCCCCACCCCCUGCAGGAGGAGCCAUCCUUAGCCUCAUCCUCAACAUCAUGAAAGGAUAUAAAAUGAAUUCAGCACCCAUUACGACUGAUGAAAAAAUAUUAUUUUAUCACCGUUAUGUUGAAACUUUAAACAUUGCCCGUGGAUUAAAGAAACAUAUCCGAGAUCCAAAGUUCACCUCAGAUGAAGUGACAAAGAAAUUCACAGAGGAAAGCUUUGCUGAUGACAAACGGCGCUCGAUCAAUGAUGAGAUUCAUGAUCCCCGGCAUUACAACCCCACCUUGCAUGUGGACAGCAGCGGUACCACACAUGUGUCUGUGCUGACUGAAGAUGGAUCUGCUGUAUCUGUCACCAGCAGCAUCAACUACAUAUUUGGCUCGAUGGUCUUGUCUCCAAGCACUGGAAUUAUCCUCAACAACCAGCUGUAUGACUUCUGUGGAAGAGCUGAUAGCAUCUCUCCUGGCGAGCGGCCUCCCUCCAAUAUGGCUCCAGCUGUGCUGAAGUCUCAGUUGAAGACACUGGUGAUUGGGGGGUCUGGGGGGAGUUGGAUCACAACUGCAAUGGCCUCGGUCAUCAUGAACCACCUUUGGUUUGGAAAGAGCCUUAAAGAGGCAAUUGAUACGCCAGUUGUUUAUGUUGACUCUCAAUAUGAAGCAAAGUUUGAACUCAGGGGUGAAAAGGAUGUAGUGGAUGCUCUUGAGGCUAAGGGGCAUAAAAUAGCAAAACCCUACAAUGUAGUUAACGCUGUGGAGAAGGAUGAUGGCGGCUGCAUCUCUGCAUGUUCUGAUGAAAGGAAAAAAGGCAAAGCAGCUGGUUACUGA